AUAACAACCUCAUUAAAUACAAUAUCAGAAUUCAGAAGGUGAUGCAAUUUAUUUGCUUUCCAAUUCAUAAAACUGACACUACUGUAGCUGUGUGCCAUAACCAUUGAUUUUGAUUUUGAUUUCUUUCUUCUGUACUCCUAUGGUAAUGACAUGUAGCUACAAGACAAACAAAGACUCUGCAAUCUAGGUGUCAAAAUUACUAGUAUUUUAUUUUAACAUAUACUAUCAGAUAAUAUAAUUAUAUGGAGACUGAAAAUGGGUGCUGUUAUUCUGAACAAAUAGAGAACCAUAUAUAACAGCACCCUUUUAGAUUGAUUUGAGAGAGAGAGAGAGAGAGGUUAGUUUGGCUUGGCUUGUAUUGAAAGGUAAGCAAGCAAUAUCCAACAGAACAGAAACAGACUAGUCUUAGGAGUUGUCAAAUGAAUAGGUGAAAACUUGUUCAACUUGUUCUUUCAUUGUGUAACAAGAAACUACUACUAGUACUACUACUAAAAUCACUUGUGUGUUUGUGAAGCAAAAUCUCUCAGAGUCUCAUCUUUUUGGGAAUAUAUACUAAGUUUGUGAUUUUCUUGUGAUCAGUUAUAGUAGCUUUUUCCCUCUCUUCUUAUAUAUAUACUCUACAAUUCAGCAAUAAUCAUCACUCACACCUUAGUGAAAAGAAGAUUUUACAUCAUCAUCAUUUGAUUCAUCAUUUGUGUGUGCUUAAAAUGAAGGGAAGAUUGUUCUGUUUUAUGCUAGUUUUGCAAUUACUGAUUUGUGUCUCUAUAGCUACAAGGUCAUUUCCUCCAACUGUUGCAAUGUCACAUCCAGGCCCAAAAGAAGCACCAGCACCAAACCAAACCAUAGAGUCACAAAAGGGUAAUGAUGUGGUAACAGAAAGUAUUAAGUCAGAGAAAAUGAAAGAAGUGGUGUAUGAUGAAGAUAUAGAGAUAAGCAGCAGUGAAAUAGGUUCAAGUCCACCAAGCUGUGAGCACAAGUGUUAUGGAUGCAAUCCAUGUGAAGCCGUUCAAGUUCCAAGUAUUACAAGCAAAAAGAAAAGUCAUUUUGGACUUCAGUAUGCAAAUUAUGAGCCUGAAAGCUGGAAAUGCAAAUGUGGUCCUUCCUUCUACAGUCCAUGAUGAAUGAUGAUCAUUCUACUUUAAUAUUAUUAAUUAAUAUUAUUAAUAUCUUAAAUGGAGCAUACCUGAACUCAUAUUAUAUAGUUCAUCUCUUAGGCUCAUAAUAUAUGUAUUAUGUCCCAUUGUACAAAUCUCAAAAGUGAAAGGAUUUAAUUAUUAUUAAUUAAUUUAGCCAUUGUGUGA